AGGGAGGCAAAACAGAUGAAGCAAGACUGAACUUCUGGUAAGCAGGUUUGGAGACCCCUGUCAAAUACUGAAGGAAAAAAAAGCGCUACCUUGUCACAACAACUGAUUGCCGUAAGGAUGAAGCUAUCAGUGUUGCUUUUAUGUGUUCUUCAUCUGGCCUUUGUCAGCGGAAGGCUUCUCACCAGCAACGAUCUUCCAAGUGGCAGCGGCAAUUUUACAAAGAUCUCCCGGAGGGCAGGCAAUUUUCCAAGCAGAUACCGAACACUGUUUGCAAGAAGAGAGCAGUAUGAAAAACAGAAACUUCUGAUGAUGAGGCCGAAAAGUGUGCCUGUUCUUUCCGAGGACCCCCCUACCAAGGCACCACCAAAACCUGCUUCUGCCACGUGUUCCCAGCUGGGACAAAGCUGUUUGCCACAUCAAGGCUGCUGUGUGCCGUGUUCCACCUGCCACUGCCACUUCUUCAAAGCCAUCUGCUUCUGCAGAAGGAUAAAUACGCAAUGCACCAAAAAUACCUAAAAAAAAAAGAAGUACUUAUGCCUCCAUUGUGUUAAUGCAGACGUCACUCAUCUUCACUUUGAAGGACUUAAAAAGGCAACUGCUGGCACAGCAUUAUAUGCUUUCAAGAACUGCGGGGAUGAAUUGGAACAACAAUGCUAUUCAACUAUUAUCAGUCAUUUUUUUUUAUACUUUUGUUCAAAUGUACGUCAUUUUGUAAUAUUGUAUGCAAGGGAACCAUUAGGGGGUGUAAAGUGAUGAUGAUUGUAAGGGCCCUCGACAGACAGGGGCCCCAGAAAUUUGAAUUUUCAGAUGCAAAUGUGGACUCCACUCCUACUCCCUGGCGGGACAAAUGAUUUUAUGCUAUCGCGCAAAUGUCGAUAUCAUUCUGCUACAUUCUGCUUCUGUUCUCGGUUUUGUUAUAUAUAUGUAUUGUUUCCUUUCUAUCAGUCUUAAAUACAUUAUCUACACACACACACACACAGUAUUAUAUUGCAGAGCACAGAGGGCUUCCAAAUAAUAGAACACCCCUUCUUGACUGAAACUGCUGAGAUUGUAUGUUUUUGUAAAAGAUCUAAAUAACCAAUGAAAAAAAAACGUAUUGUGUAUUUUUUCUGUUUCUGAAAUUGUAUCUAUAUACAUACAUACAAUACAGAGACGUUUGUGUACACGUCAACUGCACAGUGUGUAAUCAUUCACAGGCUGUUGUAGACAUUCUCGCAAUGUGUUUUUCACUUAUUUUUCGAUCUCUCGCUUUUCAUGUGAGAUUGAUUGAGAACUAACAGUAAGUAAACCCCAAAACCACACAAUAAUGUUAAUAAGUCUCAUGAAUGUUAAUCAUGGCUAGCUCACAAUAAUAAAACAUUUUAUAGUCACUGUAAAUUCUACCGAAACUUCUUGGACAUGUGCUGAAUUGCAUGCUUUUAUUGUUUCAGUAUUUCUUUGGGGCCUGACUCCUUAGCGGAUUAUUUUGGCAGGACUAAUUAAUGAGGCCAUGAUGUACUCUGAAAAAAAUAAGACCAUUUGCCGAGCAACAAGUAUAGUUCAUGAGGAAAAUAUCAUUCUACUUCAAUUCAGUGUGAUGUACAGUUAUAGUUGUGUUCGUUCCAUAUCAAGAAUUGGGUCUAGGUCCUCUUUGAGCACUGAAGUGGUUCUUCAUUUAUUGCCCAACUUGCCGUCUAUAAUAGUACAUGUUCUUUUGCUGUUUGCGUCCUCUUGAAAUUUACAUACAUUUGUGUGUGCCGGGUAAGCCUUUACAGAUUCUAAUAAAGUACAUCAUAGCAAAC